GAUAUAUCGAUCCUAUAUGAAAAAGGUAAAAAGUAUACUUCGCAACGUCUUGUAUUUUGUGCAUUUUCAUAAGCGAAAGUCUGUUAAUAAUUAAAAUUGUUGCUGUCAUCGUGAAAAAUAAGGAUAUAUUCAACUGCUGUGAAUAUAGUAUUUCGCAAAGUAUACAUUAGAAUUGUUUAGCUUCUCAUUAAGAUACAUAAUCUGAAGAUAUGGAUAUCGUUAACCAGAGUGAAGACGGAGAAAUCAAGAAGAGCUUAUCGAAGGAUAUAGGCGGUUACAGCAAAGUGGACAGAAUACGAGGAUCUAUUCUGAGAAACGCAAUUCCGAGUAAGAAAGAGACAAAUUUAACAGCGAGACACAAUGAUAGUAACAUUGACGGCGACGAUUUUAAUUAUCUUACUUAUUACCAUUAUAUUACGACAGAAAUCGAACUAUCCACCAGGUCCCUUUGCGUGGCCAUUUGUUGGGAAUACAUAUUAUCUUAAAAAAUUGUCAAAAAAACUUGGCGGACAACACUUAGCCUUUUUGGAACUCAGCAAGCAAUAUAAUAGCGAUAUCAUUAGUUUACGAUUAGGUGGCAAUGAUACGAUUGUUGUUUCAAACAGUAAACUCAUACACGAAAUACUUAACAAAAGAGAGUAUGAUGGACGUCCUUGGAAUGAGUUCAUAAAGUUACGUAACAUGGGAAUGAAAAAAGGGAUCACAAUGAAUGAUGGUUCGGAUUGGAAUAUAUUACGUACUUGGUCAAUAUGUACUCUGAAGAAAAUUGGUUUCGUUAAACAAGAAAUGAUGCAACUUCUUUUGGAUGAACUGGUACUUAUCAUGGAAAAACUAAAAGAUGGUGGUGUGCAACAUAUACAAACAGUAAUCGCACCUAGUGUAAUAAAUGUUCUCUGGACUCUAAUCACAGGAAAAAGAGUCUCUGAAGAUCAGUCAAGAUUACAAAUUUUGUUAGACUUGAUGACUCGUCGCUCGCAGAAGUUUGAUAUGUCUGGUGGGAUUUUAUCCAGUUUCCCUUGGCUACGUUUCAUCGUUCCUGAAAUCUCAGGAUAUAAAAUCCUUGUCACAUUAAACAAUGAACUUAAGAACUUGUUAAUGGAAACUAUUAAUGAACAUAAACAAAAGUAUGUCGAAGGAAAAGAAAAAGAUUUUAUCGAUGCGUUUCUCCACGAGAUGUUCGCACAACAGUACAAGGACGUGUUUUCAGAUGAUAAUCUCAUUGUAACAUUGCUGGAUCUUUUCUUCGGUGGAAUAAAGACUACAACGGCAACAUUGGAGUUUCUCUUUUUGCAAAUAGUCAAUCACCAGGACGUACAACGCAAAGUGCACGAGGAGAUCGACGUUGUAAUCGGUCCUAAUAGAUAUCCUAUUUUGGAAGAUGGAAUAAAAAUGCCUUUUACGAAGGCUGUACUUGUCGAGGCUCAACGUAUGUGGCUCGUUACACCUGUAAUUGGCCCACGACGUGUUCUUCAUGACACAAUCCUUGGAGGUUACACAAUACCAAAGAAUACCACCGUGUUAAUGAAUGUUUUUCACAAUAAUAUGAAUCCAGAAUUAUUUCCUGAUCCGACUUCAUUUAAGCCUGAAAGGCAUUUAAAGGAAGAUGGUACUUAUCGAAUGGACGAAAAUAUCAUAUUAUUUGGAAAAGGAAAAAGAAGAUGUCCCGCUGAAGCAUUUGCAAAAAAUGCUUUGUUCCUGUUAUUUAUCAGCAUAAUGCAAAAGUAUCGUUUACUUCCAGUACCGGGUGAAAAAUCCAUUAAGGCAGAGUUUACCAGUGGAUUGAUAAUUGCACCAAAACCUUACGAAGUGUUAAUUGUUCCCCGAUAAUAUUGCCUUAUAUCACAAAUAUUUUCAACCUAAUAUUUAUAUAUAUUUAUAUUAUAU